CAUUUUCUGAGGGAGAUAGAUAGCUUCACAUUUAUCUAAUCUCCUCCCUUAGAAUCAGAGUUCUUAGUCCCACUCUGUUUCUCACUCUCAGCCACUUCCAUUAGCCAAUUUUUGUUUUUUCUGAAUUCUGAGUGUAAAGACAGAAAACCCAUUUUCAGUUUGUGUUUGCUUCUGUGAAGAUCUUGUGUCCUGGCUCUGCUUCAGCAUAAUCCUCUUGAUUCUGUGGAAAUGUGGCUCCUUUUUUGGAGGGUGUGUUGUUGAGGAUGUUGGGUCUGUGAUCAUGAUGUAUCUCAAGAUUUUAGGGGUUUAUGGUGGUUAUAAGGGCUGAUUUUUGGCGGCAUUUAUGGGAGGAAGAUUUUGGGAGGAUGCAUGGUUCAAGAAAGGAAAUGGGAUUGCUACCAUUAUUGAGUGUCUCGAGAUUUGGCUGUGAUUUUUUGGCGUUCAAUUGAAAUUUCUAUCUGCGGCGGCUAGGGAGAAUCAGUUGCUGCUGGAUUGUCUGCUGUUCUUGCUGAUAUAAUUUAUUUAUUUUUUUUAAAUUUCUUUGAUUUGGGUGGUUUAUGGGGGAAAUGCUAAAUGAAAGUCAAGAGUUUAAUUUCUUUGAUAAAAGAAGUGAAAAUGCAGCAAAGAUUCUUGGUUCUUUUCUGCCUUUGAGAGCUUCUUUUACAAGAUUCUAAAGGGGUUCAACGGUUGAAACUUGAAGCCUUCAGAGCUGCUUUUGAAUACAGAAGAAUAUAUUCAUUAACACAGUAUCCCUUAUCACAUCUAUGGGCAACUAGACAGACAUCAAUUAUGGAUUUGCCAGGUUGUGAGAAGUAAUCCUGAAGCUUUUUUGGAGAGAAUUCUAUAUUGUUUCUGAAUCUUGGGUAUUAAGUCAGGAUUGUAUCUUUGGAUUGUUGACUUUCUCUGAGUAUUUUAUUCAGUUUUUCAAAUUUAGUGAGUGGCAUUGUGCUGAAAUUUGACAGCUUGAAGCAUCAAUGGGGCUUCUUGGAAGUCUCACGAUGAUUGUUCUAGCAUUGUUCUUCUGGUUGACGGGUCUCAGGGCUCAAUCUACUACUGGCUCUUCAGGAAGCUCUGCACGAGCACUUGAUGCUCGUCUUCAAGACUAUGCUUACAGGGCUUUUGGUCGUCCAAAGACUGGAGUAACCUACAAUGGGGUUGUCCCUUCUAAUUUGACUGGGAUUAAGAUUGCAGCAAUGAGGCUCAGGAGUGGGAGCUUGUGGAAAAGAGGUGUGCAGAUGUACAAGGAAUUUGUUAUCCCCCAGGGAGUUACUGAGGAGCCUUAUGUGGAAAGGCUUGUUUUGGUGUAUCAAAACUUGGGUAAUUGGUCUCUGCAGUAUUAUCCACUAUCUGGUUACACUUACCUGGCUCCAGUGCUUGGGCUUCUUGCUUAUGAUGCUUCAAACUUAAUGGCCACAAAUUUACCAGAAUUAGAUAUUAGGGCAUCUCGUGAUCCCAUAUCGAUCAGGUUCUCAGAUGUGAAACUGGCCCCAGAUGGGUCAGUUCCAAAGUGUGUUUGGUUCAAUCUUCAGGGCUCUGUAAAUUUCAGUGAUGUGGCGUCAGGCAAUGUGUGUACAACAAUCCAACAAGGACAUUUUUCUAUAGUUGUUGAAUCUACUGCUCCUGUUCCAGCCCCGAAGUCUCCCAUGCUCCCACUAUCUCCAACCAUCCCAAGACCAAGUGGUGAGGGAAAAAAGACUGGUAAAAAAGUUGGGAUAAUUGUUGGGUCUGCACUGGGUGGACUACUGUUGUUAGCGCUGUUGGCAAUACUGGUAGCCUGGGCACAGAAAUAUAAGGAGAAGAAGAAAAUGCAUGAGAUGGAGAAAGCUGCAGAGGUGGGAGAAGCUCUGCAGAUGACCUUGGUUGGGGAAACAAAAGCACCUGCAGCAACAUGGACUAGAACGCAACCAAUGCUUGAGACUGAAUACGUUCCUUAACUCCCACAACUCCAGAUUUGUACAAGCACUCUUAUUCAAGUUCAAAUUCAUGCAUUCAGAUAUAUCUUCUACUUGCACCUUUUUUGUUAGAUGUCUCCCUUCCAUCCUCACCUUUGCUCUUGGUAGGCUCUUUGGUUGUAGUGUGGGUAUUAUAGGAGUUCUGUGUAAAUCUGUCAUCUCUCACAAAAUCCAUUCAUAUGAUUCAUCGUGUGUGCAUCUAGCCAAAAGUGAUUCUAUUUUGUGAUAAAUUUAGUUCAAUUGACAAGAAAUAAAACUUUUUCUUUUUU